GUUUAGAAUGGAUUGAUUGCUUGAACUCUAUCAUGUACUGGACUUGUGAUCUGAUUGAAAUAUUGGAAUACAUUGUCCAAUUAAGAGAUGAAAGGUUCAGGACUGCGAAUCCUAAUGUGAACAACGAGAAUAGUAGGAUGGUCGAGUUAUUGAAAGAGGUGGGAUUACUGAAAGAUUCACUGGAUGAUUACUUAUGUCCUUUAAAG